AUGGGACAUCUAUCCUCAUUACUUAAGAAAAAUUGGAUUCUUUGGAAGAGAAACUGUUUCUGUUCAACUUGUGAAAUCGUUUUACCAUUAUUAUUGAUAUUAGCCUUGGCUGGAAUAAGGUAACUGUUGGUUUAAUCCUUUAGAGGCGUUGUAGAUAAGGUUAAUCUCGAUGAAACAGGCUUUUUGCAGCCUUAACUUGAAUGGAGAUCUAAAGAUCCCAAUGUUCCAGUAGAAUUGUCUCCUUUCAUCAAUGAAUAAGAAAUAGAAACAAGAAUUAAGCUAAUGUAAAAAUGGAAUGCCACUUUGGAUUUGUUUGAAAACCUAAAAGCUUUGGAUACUAGCACUAGAUUACAAGUAUUACCGAAAAUGAAGUAAUUAAUUCGACUAUUUUAGAAAUUGCAUCGAUAAUUACAAUUAUUAAUAAGAGAGAGAUUGGCUGAAUGGCCAAGUGGCUCUUGGUCCAAGUGAGAAUCACGAGGUUGUGAAGGAAUUAAAGUACAUUUUAGAAAGUACAUAUUAUUUCCAUUACUUUAGCUUACUACUUUUAUGAAACAAAAAUAUUUAAGAAUAGCGAAGAUCUUGAUGAUUAUACUGCCGAUUCGGAUUAUGGAAGAGAUGGAGUUCCUAGAGUGUGCUUUGGAGUAAUAUUUAAUGAAAGUGCUGGAAAUAAUAUAUACGAUUAUCAAUUGAGAUUUAAUUCAAGCGGAUUUAAUGAUUAUGAAAUUCCUCCCACAAAUUUAAUGGCUGUGGAUCCUAUUAAAUAUUAAGAUUAUGAGAAAGCGAACGCAUAUUGGGAAUCUGGAAUGUUAACAGUGCAAACCUUUGUGGACAACAUUAUUUUGAGAAUUGAAACCAACAAUUAAGCAAAAAUAACUCCGAAGUUCACAUAUGGUAUUUUUAAGAUGUAAUUCAAUUAGUUCAUCAAUAAGAUGGAGUGAAGGAUGAUUUUGCAACAUUUUUAAGAGGAUAAUUUGGUGUCUAUUUGAUAUUGCCUCUAAUAAUCAUAUAUUUGAGAAUGACUUAUGCGAUGAUUUAUGAAAAGGAGAAAAAACUGAGGGAAGGUAUGAAAAUGAUGGGAUUGAACAACACCUCAUUUUAUUUAUCAUGGAUUAUACAAUAUCUAAUAAUCUACACAAUAAUCUCAAUAAUAGCCACAAUACUGUUGUCUGCUAUAGUAUUUACUCAUACUGAUGGAUUUGUGUUAUUCUUGAAUUAUUGGCUAUUUUGCAUAGUCUUGAUAUUCUAAUCUAUGUUCAUAAGGUAUAAAUUAAUUUAAUCAUAGUGUAUUUUUUACAAGAGCAUUGUUCGGAUUAAUUGUAGCUAUCGUUUGGUAUUUGCUAAUGUACAUGGUGAUCAGUUUGGUUGGUAGUGGAUCAGACAUAGUUCCUGAAUCAUCAUAUUGGGGAGCCUCAAUAUCUUCCCAUGCUGCUAUGUCCUUUGCAUUCGAUGUUAUGGUAUUGUUCGAGGCUCAAGGCGGAGGUGUUUCAAUGUCAACAAUAACAACAAAAGUUGAAAAUUAUGCUGUUAACAUCGCCUUGAUUAUGCAUAUCCUAAACAUCUUCUUCUACUUAAUAAUGUCAAUUUAUUUGGAUCUUGUAUUUCCUAAUGAAUGGGGUAAGAAAUUGCAUCCUUUAUUCUGCAUCCCUUACUUUAAUAGAUCACAUCAUGGUGGGUAGUAAAAAUUAAUGAAGAAGUCAUCCUAGAUUCAUCAGGAAAGAUAUGAAGAGGUGGACUAGGCUUUGAAAGAUUAGGAAAGCAGAUAAGAAGUACUCUAGAUUUCUAAUCUUACCAAAAUAUAUCCAAGUGGAAAACAAGCUGUCAGUAAUGUGAGUCUGACUAUGUAUAUUGGCUAAAUUUAUGCUUUAUUGGGACAUAAUGGAGCAGGAAAGACUACCACAAUUUCAAUGUUGACAGGUCUCUUAGAUAUCACUCAAGGAGAAGCAUCAGUAUUUGGAUAUGAUGUCGAAACUCAAAUUGAGGAAAUUAGAUAAUUCAUGGGAGUGUGUCCAUAACAUGACAUUUUAUUUGAUAAUUUGACAGUCAAAGAACAUUUGGAAAUGUUUGCUACUUUCAAAGGAAUGAAACCAGAUGAUAUUCCUGCAGCUGUUAGAAGAAUGAUUGAAGAUGUUGAUCUACUAGAAAAGACUGACUAUUUAAGUAAGAAUCUAUCAGGAGGACAAAAGAGAAGAUUAUCAGUAGCAAUUGCAUUUAUUGGUAAUUCUAAAUUAAUCUAUUUGGAUGAACCUACUUCAGGAAUGGAUACAAGUGCUAGAAGAUAUAUUUGGGAAAUGCUUAAGAAUUACAAAGAAGACAGAAUCAUAGUACUGACAACUCAUUUUAUGGAUGAGGCAGACUUUCUCGGAGAUAGAAUAGGUAUUAUGGGAGAAGGAAAGUUGUAAUGUUCAGGAAGCAGUGUAUUUUUGAAGAAUCAAUUUGGUAAUGGUUACAACCUGACUAUCGUAAAAGAGAGUACUUUAACUGAGUCAGACCCAAUCAUUGAAGUUAUCAUGAAGGCAUGUCCAGAAGCUGUUUUAAUUUCUAAAGUUUCAGCUGAAAUUCUCAUGCAAUUACCUUUGAAUGCAGCUGAUAAAUUCCCAAAAUUAUUUUAAGAAUUAGANAUAAGGUAUAAAUUAAUUUAAUCAUAGUGUAUUUUUUACAAGAGCAUUGUUCGGAUUAAUUGUAGCUAUCGUUUGGUAUUUGCUAAUGUACAUGGUGAUCAGUUUGGUUGGUAGUGGAUCAGACAUAGUUCCUGAAUCAUCAUAUUGGGGAGCCUCAAUAUCUUCCCAUGCUGCUAUGUCCUUUGCAUUCGAUGUUAUGGUAUUGUUCGAGGCUCAAGGCGGAGGUGUUUCAAUGUCAACAAUAACAACAAAAGUUGAAAAUUAUGCUGUUAACAUCGCCUUGAUUAUGCAUAUCCUAAACAUCUUCUUCUACUUAAUAAUGUCAAUUUAUUUGGAUCUUGUAUUUCCUAAUGAAUGGGGUAAGAAAUUGCAUCCUUUAUUCUGCAUCCCUUACUUUAAUAGAUCACAUCAUGGUGGGUAGUAAAAAUUAAUGAAGAAGUCAUCCUAGAUUCAUCAGGAAAGAUAUGAAGAGGUGGACUAGGCUUUGAAAGAUUAGGAAAGCAGAUAAGAAGUACUCUAGAUUUCUAAUCUUACCAAAAUAUAUCCAAGUGGAAAACAAGCUGUCAGUAAUGUGAGUCUGACUAUGUAUAUUGGCUAAAUUUAUGCUUUAUUGGGACAUAAUGGAGCAGGAAAGACUACCACAAUUUCAAUGUUGACAGGUCUCUUAGAUAUCACUCAAGGAGAAGCAUCAGUAUUUGGAUAUGAUGUCGAAACUCAAAUUGAGGAAAUUAGAUAAUUCAUGGGAGUGUGUCCAUAACAUGACAUUUUAUUUGAUAAUUUGACAGUCAAAGAACAUUUGGAAAUGUUUGCUACUUUCAAAGGAAUGAAACCAGAUGAUAUUCCUGCAGCUGUUAGAAGAAUGAUUGAAGAUGUUGAUCUACUAGAAAAGACUGACUAUUUAAGUAAGAAUCUAUCAGGAGGACAAAAGAGAAGAUUAUCAGUAGCAAUUGCAUUUAUUGGUAAUUCUAAAUUAAUCUAUUUGGAUGAACCUACUUCAGGAAUGGAUACAAGUGCUAGAAGAUAUAUUUGGGAAAUGCUUAAGAAUUACAAAGAAGACAGAAUCAUAGUACUGACAACUCAUUUUAUGGAUGAGGCAGACUUUCUCGGAGAUAGAAUAGGUAUUAUGGGAGAAGGAAAGUUGUAAUGUUCAGGAAGCAGUGUAUUUUUGAAGAAUCAAUUUGGUAAUGGUUACAACCUGACUAUCGUAAAAGAGAGUACUUUAACUGAGUCAGACCCAAUCAUUGAAGUUAUCAUGAAGGCAUGUCCAGAAGCUGUUUUAAUUUCUAAAGUUUCAGCUGAAAUUCUCAUGCAAUUACCUUUGAAUGCAGCUGAUAAAUUCCCAAAAUUAUUUUAAGAAUUAGAUAAUAAUUCAAAAGCCCUACAUAUUUAAAGUUAUGGUAUCAGUAUCACAACUCUUGAAGAAGUGUUUUUAAAGGUUGCCUAAAUUGGAGCUGGACAUCACUAAGUGAAUGAUUAUAUGGAGAUGGAGGACAAGAAUAAAUAAGCAGUUUAAAUUGACGAUUUCGAUAUUAAUCAAAUAAGAAUUACAAAUUCAACCCAAUUAUUUUUCAAUCAUACUCUUGCUUUACUUAUGAAAAGAGCAAGAUAUUUCAAGAGAGAUGUCAAGAGUCUAUGUUGUGAAAUCCUUUUGCCUUGCUUGGUUGUACUUCUUGGAUUGAUUUUAAUGACAAUAGAGUUUAUAACUGAACCAAAUGUAAUCAUUUUAACACCUCCAUCCGAAUGUUAUGGUCAAGGAAUUCAAUACGUAUGGGGAGGAAUAAAUGAUUAAUCACUGUUUUCUUAGAUUGAUUUAUAGAUGUACAAUUCAUCUAUUCAGGUGUUUGGAGAUGAUAGUUUGAGUAAUCUCUAAAAGAUCGAUCAAAGUUACUUUGACACUUUUGAUAUUAGACAAAACCUUGGUUGGUAUUAUUUGACUAGUAACACCAAUGACUAAUUUGCAUAUUACAUGUUUGUGAAUACAAUCUUUAGGGAAGCUCCACUUGUCUUACAAAACCAAAUGAAUUAAGCAAUCUUGAGAAAAGCUACCAAUAACAAUGACUUCUAGAUCAAAGUUACUAAUUCUCCUUUCAGAAAGACUUAUGAAGAGUUGAAUGGAUCAAAAGCGAUAGCUGGAUUCUUGUCAGCGCUAGUCUUUUCUAUGGGUAUGGCAUUCAUUCCUGCAUCUUUAAUAUCAUAUAUUGUUAAGGAAAGAGAAAUUAACAUCAAACAUCAAUAAUUAGUAUCUGGAGUUUCAGUAAAAGCCUAUUGGUUUAGUAAUUGGCUGAUGGAUUUAGGAAAGCAUGUGAUUCCAGCAGUGGUGUGUUGUCUAUUGAUUUUGGCAUUUGAUAUCUCGGCGUUGAUAGAGGGAGAAAACUAUGGAUUCUCAUGGGUGAUCUUCUUUUUGUAUGGUUGGGCAAUCAUUCCAUUUUGCUAUUUCUUUAGUUUUGCCUUUAGACAAUAAGGAAAUGCCAUGUUACUAAGCUUUUUCAUACACUUAUUGGUUGGAUCAAUUAUCAGUUUGAUAAUCUACAUCUUAAGAUUGAUUUCAUCUACUAGAGAUGCAGCCACUGCAUUAUAAUGGAUUUUCAGAUUGAUUCCAUCAUUUUCAUUUGCAUAUGGCAUAUUAAAUGCAUGCUCCAAGGACACAUACAUGAUUAUGGAGGGAUGGACAGAAAUGAAGAGUACUUACGAUAUGGCAGUGAGUGGCGGAGAUGUAUUGAUGCUUGCAAUAAUGGGUGCUUUUUAUUUGGUUUGUAUCUUCAUUGUUGAAUACUUCGAAGAUAAUGGAUAGUUGUAGAAACUCGGGUCAAGUGAGUCCAGUAUCCCUUACAUUCCAAAACCUAUUGAUGAUGAUGUAGCUAAAGAAAAGUAAUUAUGUGAAACCUACCAACCUUCAGAAAAGGCUAUUCUCGUAAAGGAUCUCAGAAAAGUGUUUAUGUUGGGUGAAGGAAAACAUAAGGUGGCAGUCGAUUAAGUCAGUUUUGCUAUUGAUUAAGGAGAGGUCUUUGGUUUAUUGGGAGUCAAUGGAGCUGGUAAAACUACCACAUUUAAGAUAUUAUCAGGAGAGUUGAAACCCACUAGUGGAGAAGCAUUCAUUGCAGGCAAGAGUGUCAUUAAUGAAUUAGAGGCAGCCAGAGUGAAUAUUGGAUAUUGUCCAUAAUUUGAUGGUCUUUUAGAAAAUCUUACUGUCAGAGAACAUAUUGAACUAUUCUCAGAUAUCAAAGGAAUACCGUAUUAUAAGAAGGAGGAAUUGGUUGAGAAGAAGCUAAAUGAGAUGGAUUUAAAGAGAUUUGAGAAUAUUCAAUCAGGUUAACUUUCAGGAGGAAAUAAAAGAAAAUUGUCAGUUGCCAUUGCUAUGAUAGGCAACCCUCCUAUUGUCUUUUUGGAUGAGCCUUCUACUGGUAUGGAUCCAGAAGCAAGAAGAUUUAUGUGGAAUGUUAUUUCAAGAAUUGCAACUCAAAGAAAACAAAGUACCAUCAUCUUGACUACUCAUUCAAUGGAAGAAGCAGAAGCAUUGUCAACUAAAAUUGCUAUCCAAGUUAGUGGUAAUCUCAGAUGUCUUGGAUCUGUUUAACAUAUCAAAAAUAAAUUUGGUAAGGGUUAUGAAAUCGAAGUUAAACUGGAAAAACCACAAAAAAAUGAGAUUCAAGAUUUAAUCCAAAAGAUGGGAUUGUAAAGCAACUCUAGAUUGGAUCAAAACACUACUGUUGAUAUCUUAAGGAAAAUCAAUUAAGCUCAUUUAGAAUAAGAAAUCACUAUGAAAGGAUCAGGAUCACAUAUUUAUAAUGACAUUAGAAAACCUAAAGGAUUAGCUGUUGAAACUCUAGCUGAAUAUGUCAUUGUCGAGUAGAUGGGAGAUCUUUUGAAGAAAUUCAUUGAAUAAAAAUUAGGAUAAUUUGAAAUCAUUGAACAUUUCCAGACUUUUUAUAGAUUCAGACUCCUUGGUUAGAUCACUGUAGGCAAACUCUUUGAAGGAUUUGAACAAAAUGUAAAUUAUUUAAUUAAUUAUUUUAGAAAAAACAAUACAGAAUUUCCCAGUACUCCAUCAAAUAAGCAUCCAUCGAACAAAUUUUCAAUAAUUUUGCAGUUUAGGAUUCCCAACAGUAAUAAUAACAAGAGAAUGUACAAGGUGCUCAAAUUGCAGUAUAAAUCUAAUAAAAUUCUUGA